AUGCAGGACUACCUGAAAGGUUUGCUGCCAUCUCCCAUUCCCGAAUGGAAUUCUGAUUUCUCUGUGGCCAUUGAAAGGGAGACAUCGCUGUGGUCGACGACAACACAACAUGGCCAGUGGAUUCCAUUACUGGACGAGUCAGUCCACGAGCGUUCGAUGGGCGUCGCAGUCUGGUACGACUUUCGAGUCACCAAACAUCGGUUCAUCCACCUCACGCGAAACCAACGAUAUCGACAGCGCCAGCUUCCUGUGGUCCCGUUCCACGUGGAUGAAGCGACUGUCGCCCCGGCUCCUGAACCGAAAGUUCUCGUCAAAAUUAACCUGAAUGGCUUCUCAGGAUCGGAUAGGCUGGCGGACAAGAUAAAAGCCGUGCUGACCCUCACGCAUACGUGGGGAAUCUCCUUCGGUGGCUUGGCAGCUCUUAACCGCCACAGUCGCAUGGAUAAUUGA